AUGUACGAUAUCUUCCACCAAUGGAUGCAGCUUCCCACUCUUCUCUCCGUUUUUACCCUCGGCGUCUCGACCGUCAUUGCCGCCGACUACUGUACACCAGUUCGCGACCCCUACCCUCGUAAAGCAAACACUGGCUUUACAUUCAGUGAUGACGACCCAAAAGGCUGGGAAUGGCAAUCCCGAGACGUCCAGCAGAUUACCGCCCUUAGCCAAGUGACCAAAGACAAAGUCACAAGUUGCCAGCUCCAUCAGGGUGGUGGCGGUGGCACUUUUGCUCAGCUAGUUUGUAUUGAUUUCGAAGGAAACUAUGCCUGCUGGAGCACGCCUGCCGACAACGAGGUCUGCAAUAUUGUCUUCGAGAUAGAUGAUAGUCCGCUCAAUGUUUGCGAAUCCGUUCACAACAUGUGGGACUGGGCUGCGUAG